UUGGAAGUGGAUUUUAUCCGAGAGAAAUUUCGCUUCCUCCAGCUUCGGCUUCGGCUUCGGCUCAUCCAUCGUUAUGUUAAUUCAUUAUGUCAGUUCAUUUAAAUUUUUCUCUCCCUUGCGUGUCAUACGAAAUCACCCUCCGAACUUCAAUUCUAGUUUCUCAAAUUUCAUUUCCAGAUACUACCGGAACACUGAAACUGAGCGCAAUAUGUUCCAAUUUCGAUAUUCAACUGCGUACAAUAUCGGACCUAUUAACCCGUAUGAGAGGGAGAAACGCGGAGAACAUAUCAUAAUGAGAUAUCGAUAUUAUAAAUGAUAGUAAUUAAGCGUUGAACAUACAGAGUGACGAUCAAUUCGAAAGGAUAUUAAUUAAAUGAACGAUCAUUACGAUAACGAUGAUUACGUGAACCUCACGUGCCGUGUGUGUCCUAUAAAGUGUUCUAUAAAGUCGUAUAAAGGUCACAAAAGCCGAAGGUUCGCCUUCGUAAUAAUAUUUGUUUUACAGCGGCUAUGCGCGCUUUGUAUUGAUGAGUAUAACCGGCUCGGGUCCGUUGAUAUUGUUACUCGGAAAAAUGCACGGCGGGUGUAUUGCGUAAUAGCCGUGUUUUUUUUCGAUGUGAUAUAAUGAAAUUACGUCGUGGCAAAUUACAUCAGCGGCGAGGAAACGUGUUUGCGAUAAUUAAUCUACGACAAAACGCCGGAUGGAUAAAGGGUAGAAGACAGAAAGAAAGAGCGAAACGGGAGGUAACGAAGUUUAAAAAAAGUUAUCGAAUUAAGGUCCCGGCUUUGACCAGUUAAUAGACCGUGUACGUCUUCAGCCGAACGGAAGAGUCUUCCUUUUAAACAGAAAAUUCAAAUUAGUGAAGACAAAGAUGAAGGAAAAAGGUUACUCGCGGCCGAUUUAUCUGAGACUCUUUCUGAAAGUUUAUUUAGGAUUCACACCUCGCUAGGAUUCGCUACACUGUUUGACCUACUUCUUACCCAAGAAACGUUGAUCGAUGGAACGUUUUCCGGUCAAGAACCUCGCAGGCGCGCUACCGUCAGCGUUUCACUGAGAACUAUAUUUUGCAACACGGAUCGCUGGAAAUCCCAAGACGUCUGGGACAGGGACGCCUUCCAAGUCGCCUUGCAAGUUUCGCGAUAAGGACUCCCUGAUAGCGGCGAUAGUGUGCUGGGUAGACGGGCUAUAAUUAACUCCCGUUUCUAAGCCGUCAGCCGUCAUGAUCGCGAGAAGUGUCGCAUGCUUGAAAAAACGCCUCAUCGCGAGAAAAUUCUCGCGGAGCACAAAGGAAAUCUGGGAUCAUGUUCUGCGGAAGAACCAUGGGAUGUCGCUUACAGGAUUCACGGAGAGCCGAGGGGACGUGGUGAGGGCGAUCUUGAACAAUACCGAGGUCUCUCGCGAUCACAUGACCCCGGAACUGAAGUUGUUCCUGUUGACGGAGAAUUGUCCUUUGUAUCGCGAGCCCUUCGUCGAGGCGAAGGAUGACGAUAGGCGACUCGACGCAUUCCAGGACCCGUUCUGGUCCAUAUAUUGGCCUGGCGGACAGGUGCUCACGAGGUUCAUCCUCGACGACAGGGAGCGAGUUUUCGGACGCGGGCCGCGAGGUGCGGGGAAAGGUGCACCAAGAAGGAUACUGGAUCUGGGCGCAGGAUGCGGCGCCACGGCGAUAGCCGCGAAAUUGAUCGGUCCGUGGCAGCAAGUGGUCGCGAACGAUAUCAACGAAGUCGCUUGCGUCGCUGUUGCGAUGAAUGCCGUGCUAAAUGACGCAGACAUCGAAGUGUCGUGGGAGAACCUGCUGGAAAGGCCGCCGGAAGAUCGCUACGACGUGAUCUUCGUCGGCGAUCUGUUGUACGACGAGGAAAUAGCGAGCGUCCUAAUUGGCUGGCUGGAGAACGCGCACGUACGUGGUGCGCGAAUUUACCUGGGAGAUCCAGGAAGGCACGGCUUAACCGAGGAUCUCAGGAGGCGAUUGAGAUCGCUGCGACGAUACUCCUUACCCGCGAACGUUCAGAGAGAGAAUCACGGUUACGACACAGCCACCGUGUGGGAAUUUGCGGCCGGAACUAAGCGACUGCUGUAGCUCGUACACUUGCGUGCAGCUGCACUUGGCGACGAAGAUUACAUUAUGCGCGGACUCGUCCGAAUUUCGAGAUUCAAACUGGGUCACUGGGAGCCAGUGACAGCGAGAAACUUAGAAUACAGCUUGUUUGCUUGUGUAACUUUAGUGAGACAGAUUUGUCUUCACGUCUUUAUACAAACAAUCGUAAUUCGCUCAUCUUCCUCCUCGGUAUAUGGUAUAUAUGUGUACAUAUAUUUUUCGUAGUCAUGAAAUAAACGUUCGAGUCAGAGAA